UUUUUUCCAGUCCUCUUUUCUUUUUCCAAAGGUGUUCAAGACACAUGGAACCUGGAAACCUAACAAGUGUCUCAGAAUUCUUCCUUGUGGGCCUCUCAAAUGAUCCAGAACUGCAGCCUGUGCUCUUUACCCUGUUCCUGUCCAUGUACCUGGUCACCAUGUUGGGGAACCUGCUCAUCAUCCUGGCUGUCACCUCUGACCCCCACCUCCACACCCCCAUGUACUUCUUCCUCUCCAACCUGUCCUUGGCUGACAUUGGUUUCAUCUCCACCACAGUCCCCAAGAUGAUUGUGAACAUCCAAACUCACAGCAGAGUCGUCUCCUAUGAGGGCUGCCUGACACAGAUGUCUAUUUUUAUCCUUUUUGCAUGUAUAGAUGACAUGCUCCUGACUGUGAUGGCCUAUGACAGGUUUGUGGCCAUCUGUCACCCACUGCACUACUCAGGCAUCAUGAACCCUCACCUCUGUUGCAUCUUCAUUUUGGUGUCUUUUUUUGUUAGCCUUUUGGACUCCCAGGUGCAGAAUUUGAUUGUAUUACAAUUUACCUGCUUCAAAGAUGUGGAAAUUUCUAAUUUCUUCUGUGACCCUUCUCUUCUUCUCAACCUUGCCUGUUCGGGAUCUUUCACCAAUAACAUAGUCAUGUACUUUGUUGUUGCCAUCUUUGGUUUUCUCCCUUUCUUAGUGAUCUUUUUUUCUUACUAUAGAAUUCUUUCCUCCAUUCUCAGAGUCCCCUCAUCAGGUGGGAUAUAUAAAGCCUUCGCUACCUGUGGCUCUCACCUGUCAGUUGUUUUCUUAUUUUAUGGAACUGCCCUUGGUGUGUACCUCAGUUCAGCUCUCUCACAAUCUCUCAAGAAGGAUGUAGUGGCCUCAGUGAUGUACACUGUGGUCACCCCUAUGCUGAAUCCCUUCAUCUACAGUCUGAGGAACAGAGACAUCAAAAGGGCCAUGUGGAGGUUGCUUAGCAAAACAAUCUCAUCUUUGUACCUGCACCAUCCAUUUGGAGUGUAG